CGAUAUGCCAUGGUCAUGUAAGAAUGGCAUUGCUUAUGACCGGAAAAAAUGCACUAUUUAGAAAAGCGGGUGUAUAUGUGGUACAAGACAGUAAGAGGAUAAUCAGAAAAACUGUGACCGACUGGAAUCAAGAUAUUGAAAUAGAUCAGGGAGGAUGGCAAGUAAAAUGGUGGUCCAAUAAAAACAAUUGGGAUGAAGUAGAACUCAGAGGAACUAAUAAUUAUAAAGAAUCCUUCAAACUAUCUAAAAUAGGUAGUGGAAUGUACUCAGUUGCAGGAAUAGCAUGUACAGCUGAUGAAAGCCCAAUAUUCAGCACAUUCUGCUUGGAAAGCACGAAUACAUGGUUUGCUUGGCUUGCUAGUGAAAUAACACCACUAAGAAUGUUUUCUCCUAUAAUGAAUAACUCUACUAACCAAAGUAUGGAAAUAAGAGAAGAUUUAUUGAAAGCCAUACAAAAUCUCGGAAUAAAGAAAAUAGAAAUUUGAACGAUUUUAUUGCUUUGUUAUUUUAAAA